AUGCAUCUCAGCGACAUUCGCGACGCUUUCGACAAGGAGAACCUCUCGGAAAAGGCAUGGCAAUGGCGCUGCAAGCUUCUUCCACAAAAGGAACAAGUUGGCCGCCCCAUCAAGGACAUUGAGGGAAGUCUUUCCGACGAGGACCAAAAAAAGCAGCCAGCAAAGAGCCCGACAUUUGGCGUCGAUGCCACCGUUAAGACGUACUACGAGGGCAAAAAUUCCUGCAAUGGCAUCUACGAUUGGGUCGACUUCCCCCCAAAGCAGAUGAGCAAGAAAGCUGCCGAGAGCCAAGACCGGCCCGCCAUCAAAGUCUACAAGAUCAAGGAUGUCGAGAAACCUGUCAUGGGAGGUCGAUAUUCACUGACCUACCACCAAGUCGUCAUCCAGAACCUGACCCUCGUCGCCGCUCUGGAGCCCAUCUUCAAAAAGGAAGACGUCCACCUCGAUCCCAGCGAUACGGCCACGUUCGAGGCCCCGUUCCGUCCGCUGUUCUUCUGCUAUGAUGAGAUCCUCGACCUGUACAAGACCACGGACGACAGCUCGCUCAAGGGGUACCUGCAGCUCUUGGUUCGGACCCUGGACGACAUGCUGGGCGAGACGCGCGAGAAGAAGCGAAAGCUGCAGGCCAGUGGCCUCAUCAACUUCAAGAUGGCAUGGACCUACUUCCCCCGAGACUCGGUCGUCUACAGCAGCGCUCGGAACACGGAGCUGCUGUGCAAGGUGGAAGACACGGCGUACGCACGGACGGAGGAGGGCGUCUUCCUCAACAUCAACUGCAAGAUCCUAAACUUCAACGGGGAGAGCUUUGUGUGGGCCGACCAGCAGCUUCAGAUCCCCAAGUUUGAGGGCAACCGGCCGAUACUCGACCUCACCCACUACCCUGUGCAAUUUCACCUGAAUAAAGAAGAGAUACUGCAGAAAACCCUGGCUAGAGGCAAAAAGGUCUUGGAUCUACAGGGGUUGUCUUAUUGCACCUACAACGGUAUCGCUGUCGGGCCGAAGAGCAAACACAAUGUUGAGGGCAGGAUUCUCAUUGAUGUCGUCGGGUUCAACAAGUACGAAAAAACUCAAGGCAAGAGGGAAGGUGACGACGCCGAGACGCGACGGAAUCGCGUGACAAAGAGGCAUAUUGCGUUGGAUGAACACGGGGAGCCGGAAUCCAAGUCAAAGACACCAGAGGCCAAGAACGAGAGGCAUCUCGGCGAAACGGGGCAGUUGAGAAACAAGGAAGAGAUGCUCGCCCGUCAGGACGACCUCGUCUUCAUGUCUCCGCUGAUUGAGGGGUUCGCCUUGAAGAACAAGCUUUGGCUUGGCUUCUAUGUGGAGGAUAUCGAGCCCAUCGUCUGGAACGCCCAAGCAUACGACCACCUAGUCUACGACGAGCAGCAGAAGGAUCUCGUCCUCUCCUUUGUCGAAAACCACGGCCACGCCAACAAGAACGCAAUGGAAGACGUCAUCGUAGGCAAAGGCCAAGGCCUCAUCAUCCUCCUCAGCGGCCCACCGGGUACUGGAAAAACCCUGACGGCCGAAGCGGUCGCGGACAGGACGCAGCGUCCGUUGUUCUACCUGCAGGCCGAGGACCUGGGCAUCAACCCCUCGACGCUGGGCGAGAAGAUCAAGCGGGUGUUCGAGAUGGCGACGGAGUGGAACGCCGUGAUACUGCUCGACGAGGCCGAUGUGUUCAUGGCAGAGCGGAAUCCCAACGACAUUGCGCGCAAUGAGCUCGUAUCCAUCUUUCUCAGGGAGUUGGAGUACUUUCGCGGAAUCAUCUUCUUGACGACGAAUUUGUAUAAUACGAUUGAUACGGCGUUCCGCAGUAGGGUGAGUCUACAUUUGCUGUUCAAAGCGCUGAGUCCGGAUGCGAGGGAGCUCAUUUGGCGCAAGUUCCUCGGGCGACUGCCUCAUCUGGGGAAUUCGACCGAGGGCGCCGGGGGUGCGAGGGGGCUGCUUUCGGACGAGGAUAUCAAGGAGCUUGGGCAUUGGCAGCUCAAUGGGCGUGAGAUCAAGAUGGCUGUCAAGAUGGUGUCCAAGUGGUGUGAUCACAAGAAGUAUGAGAUGAGCCUGGCUAGGCUGGAGAAUGGGAUCCGGGUGACGAGUCCCCAUGCUUCGAAGCAAAAGGAGUCGGACGAGGAUGAUGAUUUGUAUAAUUAA